UCAGGAGGGUGUGGCAAGUCCCCCAGAUACUGUCGUAUUUCUGCUUCUCAUGCCAUCCUCUCUUUUGCCAUCUUGUCCCGUCUCUUUCACGGUCUAAUCUUUCUUACAAACAUCUUGCACCCUCGCGGCUGCGUACAUUCGCUUUCGUUGUCUCAGUCAGUCGUUUUCGCCAGGUCUCUCGUUUUAUAUUCUGCUGCUUAACAAUGAUGUCUAAUGUUUGGAUUUUGAGUACAUUUCUUCUCUUCACGAUUUCCUAUGCAUACAGAUACGAUCCUGCUUACGUCCAGUGGAACCUAAAUCAGAACAAGACAGCUGUCAACCCACUGGACUAUUGGGGAGAGUGGUCUGGACAUGACUAUACGCCAUCACCCUCAAACUGGAGAUUUCCUUUUUACACACUCUUCCUCGACAGAUUUGUGAACGGUGACCCUUCAAACGAUAACAUUAAUGGAACUUCCUACGAGCAUGACCUCAACUCAAACCAGAUGCGCCACGGAGGCGAUCUCCUGGGGUUGGUGGAUACCUUGGACUAUCUCCAGGGCAUGGGUAUCAAGGGCAUCUACAUAGCAGGGUCUCCUUUCAUCAACACUCCAUGGGGCUACGAUCAAUACUCACCGCUCGACCUCUCCAUCCUCGACCAGCAUUUCGGCGACAUUGAGAUGUGGCGCACAGCUGUUCAAGAGAUACACACACGGAAUAUGUAUGUUGUCUUGGACAACACCUUUGCCACACUAGGAGACCUGAUCGGGUUCGAUAAUUACCUCAACACCACGACUCCAUUCACACUGGCCGAGCACCAAGUACAGUGGAAGACAGAUCGUCACUAUCACGAUUUCAAUAUCGGCGAUGACUAUAACAAGACCUGUACCUAUCCCAAAUUCUGGCUGGAAACUGGAUACCCUGUCGGCGACGAUGUCACCAGCCAGAUGGUCGGCUGCUAUGAUAGCGACUUUGACCAGUAUGGCGAUACCGAAGCCUUCGGUGUCUUUCCAGAUUGGCGGCGUCAACUCUCCAAGUUCGCGUCCGUUCAAGACCGUCUCCGUGAAUGGCAUGAACCUGUUCGCCAAAAGUUGGAAAACUUCUACUGCAUGCUCAUAGCGAAUCUGGACAUCGAUGGUUAUCGCUACGAUAAGGCCACUCAGAGUACCAUUGACGCCAUGGGCGCCAUGAACGAUGCCAUGCGUACGUGUGCCAGGAGGUUUGGCAAGCAAAACUUCUUCACACCGGGCGAAAUCACUGGUGGCAACGUGUUCGGGUCACUUUACCUUGGCCGCGGUAGACAGCCAAAUAUGCAGCCGGACAACCUGACCGCUGCGGUGACCAUGACCAACAACUCUGCAGACAAAUACUUCCUCAGGGAUCCAGAGCAUAACGCACUCGACGCUGCUGCUUUUCAUUACACAGUCUAUCGUACUUUGACCAGGUUCCUUGGCAUGGAUGGAAAUCUUGAGGCUGGCUACGACGCACCACCCAACUGGGUCGAUAUGUGGAACAGCUUCCUUAUGACGAACGAUUUCGUCAACCCAAACACUGGACUCUUCGAUCCCAGACACAUGUACGGCGUCACUAAUCAAGACGUGUUUCGCUGGCCCUCCAUUACCAAUGGAGUCCAUCGGCAACUUCUCGGCCACUUUGUUACUACCAUUCAAAUGCCUGGCGCGCCACUGCUCCUAUGGGGUGAAGAGCAGGCCUUCUAUGUCCUGGACAAUACAGCGUCCAACUACAUUUUCGGCCGACAAGCCAUGUCUUCCGCGACUGCAUGGCAAACUCAUGGCUGCUAUCACCUCGACAGCACUCAGUUCUUCAACAUGCCCCUUAAUUCCACACGACAUGGCUGUCAAGACGACACCGUAAGCUAUGAUCAUAGAGAUCCUUCUCAUCCUGUACGAAACAUCAUUCACCACAUGAAUAUCUUGCGCGAACAAUUUCCAGUCCUCCAGGAUGGAUUUUUCUUGCAGCAACUCUCAAACCAGACCGAGCAAAUUCAAUAUCCUGGGUCGGGGACAGUGACAACAGAGACUGGUAUGUGGUCCGUCAUGCGAUCAGGUUUCCCAGGUGUCCAGGAUCUCAGCGGCACUGGAGCUGGCAAUCUGCCCAUCUGGCUCCUUUACUCGAAUGCAAAUGCCACUACCACCUACACUUUCGACUGCAACGACAACUCGACCGACCUCAAUACUACGAGUUUGAUUGCACCAUAUGAUGCCGGUACUGUCGUCAAGAAUCUCUUCUAUCCAUACGAUGAGCAUACUCUCAGUGACAGCAUCCACAAACUGGGUAUCAACGGUUCAACAAAUCCUAAUGGUUGUUUGAGCAGUCUGGACAUGGCUGCGUACGACUUCCGAGCCUACGUUCCCAUUGAUGACUGGGUUGGUCCCAAGCCCAUGAUCACCAAAUACAGCCCUGGACACGAUAUUCGCCUUCAAUCCACCGCCAACGCAAGUGGGACUGAAUCGGUCGAUAUCGAACUCGAAUUUUCUGUGGAGAUGGAUUGCGACAGUGUCACGAAUAGCAUCACUUUCAAUUCCACUACCGAUUCUGGUACCACGCCCACAAUCGAUCAGAACAGCAUCAAAUGCGGCAAUGUCAGUACCCCUGGAACAAUGCCUUACGUGGGCAGCAUUUUGUCGGCGUGGUCCUGGUCAGCCACGCUCAAUGGCGUCUCGAAUGGAAUCCACGCCAUAACCGUCAAAAACGCGACUUCCCAGACGGGUCAACAUACGAAUGCCGUGGACAGAUUCUUGUUCCGAAUAGGUCAGGCUGACAAUCCUAUGGUCUUCCCCAGAAGCGCCAAUUAUUCAUCCAGUCUGCUCACUAAGAGCGAGAAUGGAUCCCUCAUCGUGUCUCACUCUGCAGCUGGAGCAGACCAAUGGCGGUACAGCACGAACUGGGGCUCGUCAUUCUCUGCUUGGAUGCCGUACCAAGGUGGAAAAUCACAGAUCGAGGAGCAGGCCUGGUCUGGCACUCGUGUACAAGCUUGGAAAGGUACCCAUGUCCGCGUCGAGUACUUCAGUCGUCUGGCUGGCAGCAGCGACCACAUACAAGAAAGUGACUUAAACUCCGACACUCCUCGACGGUUUCCUCAUCUCUUCCUGAAUGGCCCGUACAAUCAAUACGGCUAUGAUGCUGGCUUGAAAAACCAAAUGACGCUGACCAGUAACGCUACCUGGGAACACCAUUUCAUGACGGAAUGGAGUCUUUCUGGUGCACUGGCCCAAAUCAACGUAUGGGGCAUCAACCCGGACGGCCAGCCAGAUGAGACGAUUGUGAUGGGUGACGCAGAUGGAGACUCUAUUCUCGAUCGCCUUCCUCCAUCUUCACUUUCAUCUGUCGUCCUGAACAUUACGCAGCCGCCCCCCAAGCCACAUCUGGGUUGGCGGGUCGUCAUCAAUGAUGGCUCCCUUCGCUUCCAACUCGUACCGUCUGGAAAUAUGUGGAGCCAAUUGAUCCUAUACAUACUGCUAUGGAUUGUGCCCAUCAUUACCGCGGCAUUUGGGGUCUGGUCGUUCAUGCAAAGCUUCUACCAAGUCAAGUUCAACGAAGUUGGCAUAUCCGAAAAGGCUGGAAUGAUACCAGCCGCGUUGAAGAAACAAUUCAAGAAGCUCCGAGACGAGGAAGACUCGCCUGGCUUUCUGGCGAAAUUCAGUCGGAAACCCAAGUUCCUGCAGCAAGCAGGUACCGUGAUCGACCAACAACGGCGCCGCACCGUCUUGAUUGCAACGAUGGAGUACGAUAUCGAAGAUUGGGCGAUCAAGAUCAAAAUUGGUGGCCUCGGUGUCAUGGCCCAGCUAAUGGGCAAGAAUCUUGGUCACCAGGACCUAAUCUGGGUUGUCCCUUGUGUCGGCGGUGUGGAUUACCCUGCGGACAAGGAGGCUGAUCCUAUGACGGUGACUAUCCUCGGCAAGCCGUACGAGGUGCAAGUACAGUACCACGUUCUGCGAAACAUCACUUACGUCUUGCUCGAUUCGCCUGUCUUCCGCCAACAAACAAAGUCUGAGCCAUAUCCACCUAGGAUGGACGACCUGUCCUCGGCCAUCUACUAUUCGGCAUGGAACCAGUGCAUCGCUCAGGCCAUCAAACGGUUCCCUGUUGACCUCUACCACAUCAACGACUAUCACGGCUCGGUCGCUCCUUUGUAUCUUCUUCCCAGGACGAUACCUACAUGCUUGUCUCUGCAUAAUGCCGAGUUCCAGGGCCUCUGGCCCAUGCGGACGAAGCAGGAACGCCAGGAGGUAUGCUCAGUCUUCAAUCUCUCUACGGAACUUGUUCAACGCUACGUCCAGUUCGGAGAAGUGUUCAACCUGCUUCAUGCAGGAGCUUCGAUCUUGAGAGUGCACCAGCAAGGUUUCGGCGCUGUCGGCGUGUCCAAGAAAUACGGCAAGCGCUCGUACGCCCGAUACCCCAUAUUCUGGGGCUUGAAAAAGGUUGGCAAGCUGCCCAAUCCCGAUCCUUCAGACACUGGCGAAUGGGACAAGCAGCUCCCGAAAGAGUCAGACAUCCGUAUCGACCCUGAGUUCGAGGCGAGGCGUCCUGAAUUGAAGCGUCAGGCACAAGAAUGGGCCGGCCUAGACCAGAAGCCAGACGCCGAAUUGUUCGUCUUUGUAGGCCGGUGGUCGAUGCAGAAGGGUGUCGAUCUGAUUGCGGACGUCUUCCCGUCGAUUCUCGAGUCUAAUCCUAAGGUGCAACUUAUCACGAUCGGGCCAGUCAUCGAUCUAUACGGUAAAUUCGCUGCCCUCAAAUUGGACCGGAUGAUGAAGCUUUAUCCGGGCAGAGUGUUCUCCAAACCUGUCUUCACUGCACUCCCGCCAUUCAUCUUCUCUGGGGCGGAAUUUGCGUUGAUACCCUCACGAGACGAGCCUUUCGGAUUGGUCGCCGUCGAGUUUGGUCGUAAAGGUGCGCUUGGUGUGGGUGCUAGAGUCGGUGGAUUAGGACAAAUGCCUGGCUGGUGGUUCACGGUCGAAUCGAUGACAACCACACACUUACUCCACCAAUUCAGACAAGCCAUCGACGAGGCAUUAAGCUCGAAGACUGAAGUCCGGGCGCUUAUGAGAGCCCGCUCAGCCAAGCAACGUUUUCCUGUUGCGCAAUGGGUGGAAGACCUGGAAAUCCUCCAGUCGACAGCUAUCCGCAUUCAUGACAAGGUUGAGGCUACGAAGCGGCACUCCGCCGCCGGCGAAAUGAUCUGGCCCAGUGCUGGGUGGAUGACGCCUGGAGGAAGCACAGUCACUCCGUCUUUGGCACACUCGCGGACUUCAAGUUACUCCGCCAUGCACUCUCUAACUGCACGUCUUCGAGGUCUCGCCCAAACCCGUGAGCCAAAUCAGGAGGCAACCGAGCGAACAAGCCCAGGACUUUCGCGAUCGGCUUCUCUCGGAUCACGCCGUGGUCCUGGCCACAUCAAUGCCCGGGACGCUCACGACGGCUUAGAGUCUAACGUUCCCCAAAUCCUGCCACCAGUGAUUGAUGUUGAAGGGGAUGAUACAGGCAUUGGCACAGCGAUCAGCCAUUAUAACGAGGACGAGGCGGCAGAAUCAGACAGCGAGUACGACGAAGCCGACGAGCCGAUCACCAUGCCCUCACAGACUCGGGGUCGGUAUGAAAGAGUACCCGUGAAUGGAGAUGAACCACUGUCACCUCCUCGAACUCCCGGCAUGGAGUUGACACCAAUGCCAAACCAUAGGCUGCUCCCAGAUGGUAGUCCUUCACUUCCGUCGUCUCCUAUGCCAGGAUCAGGCUUUCUUAUCCCACCGCCACCAGUCAUGGCCGAAGCAAACAACCGGAUAUCUGCGAGUCCUUCGUUACUUUCGAUGAAUUCGAUCAUCGGCGAGAAGACAGACUUCAAGCUUCAGCAGGUUGAUCCUUUCUUCACUGACAGCCAAGGCGAGUUCGCGCGAGCUUUUGAGAAGAAGUUGGAAAAUCUCAAUGCCAGUAACUCUGAGGGAAACGUCUGUAUCGAAGAGUUCCUUGUCAAGUCCGAGAAGCAAUGGUUCGAUACCUUCCGCAACGUCAAAUUGGGUCGACACCACGUCUUUUCCUCCAACUCAAGCUUUAUGGGUGCGCGUGAGUCACGUCCAACCUCAAGCUACGCGCCCAGCGAGCCUGGCUCAUCGGAGCAGGACGCGAACAAUCUGAAUGAGGAGUUCUUGCUCGGAAAGGACUACAAACCACCUACCGGUCUAAGGAAUUGGAUGCAGCUACGCGUCGGUGACUGGCCUGUGUAUGCCUUCUUCAUGGGUUUUGGGCAGAUCAUCGCGGCCAACUCGUAUCAGAUCACCCUGUUGACAGGUGAAGUCGGUCAGAAAGCAGACAAGCUGUACGCCAUCGCCGGCAUCUACGCCGCCACAUCGCUCUGUUGGUGGUUCCUAUACCGGCGCUUUGCCUCGCUGCUCUGCCUUUCGCUACCAUUCUUCUUCUACGGCUUAGCAUUCAUCUUGAUCGGAACCGCGCACUACGCUUCGAGUGCCGGCGGACGAGGCUGGAUUCAAAACGUCGGCACUGGCAUGUACGCGGCAGCGUCCUCUUCGGGCUCCAUCUUCUUCGCCCUGAACUUCGGUGACGAAGGCGGUGCACAGGUCAAAGCAUGGGUCUUCCGAGCUUGUGUGAUCCAAGGCACUCAGCAAAUCUACGUCGUCGCGCUAUGGUACUGGGGCUCUUACCUCAACAAAAGCACCUCGAAUGGUCUCGAGACAGCCAGUGACUCGAUAUCUUCGACAUGGAAGAUCACCGCCAUCACACUGCCUGUUGCCAUGUUGCUCUGGGCCGUCGGCCUGGUCAUGUGGUUUGGCCUGCCGACCUAUUACCGGCAAGCACCCGGCAGAAUGCCUAGUUUCUACAAGAGUCUGGCCCGUCGCAAGAUCGUGCUGUGGUUCUUCUUCACCGUGGUCAUCCAGAAUUUCUUCCUGUCCGCGCCUUACGGUCGCAACUGGUCCUUCCUAUGGAGUAGCUCGCAUGCCCAGGCGUGGCAGGUCUUGCUCCUGGUUGUGUUGUUCUUCAUUGGUGUGUGGGCAGGCUUCCUGUGGCUGUUUGCCAUUCUCUCGAAAUCUCACAGCUGGAUUCUGCCACUGUUUGCCAUCGGCCUUGGUGCACCCCGGUGGGCUCAGAUCUGGUGGGGCACGAGCAACAUUGGUCUCUACUUGCCUUGGGCUGGUGGCUACACCGCGUCGGCACUGUUGUCGCGCUCUUUGUGGCUGUGGCUUGGCACGCUGGAUUCGAUCCAAGGUGUCGGACUGGGCAUGAUUCUGCUAGCGACACUCACCCGUGUUCAUGUCGCUUUCACGUUAGUCACGGCACAAGUUCUCGGUUCUGUUGCGACGAUGGUGGCAAGAGCCUGCGCACCGAACAAGAUUGGUCCUGGUCCUAUCAGUCCUGACAUCAGCGGGAGUGUGUCAGAGAUCUGGACUGCCUGGUUCUGGAUUGGGCUUGCAUUGAAUUUGAGCGUCUGCUUUGGCUAUUUCAUGUUUUACCGCAAGGAGCAACUCAGCAAGCCUUAAGCGGGAGACGGAUUGGAGGUAAAAGUUCUGUAAUUUCUUUUCGACUCCUCAAGAGGAGAACGAUACAUAAUAGGGAUGGAAUUGGACAUUCAAAUAUAUCAAUGAGCCAAAUCGCGAACCAAGCUCGUAUCUAGCUUUGGAAGGUGGUUCGUUCACGCCUUCAGAAGCUAUAUGGCAUACAAUUUCGUUAUGUCUUCUCACCUGGUGCAAGGAGAAUGCAGCCUCCUCAUGUGAGGGGUCUCUGCUUCGCCGGUGCUACUGCAGAGCAAAAUAGCACGAAGCGCGAUCGAUAUCGAUAAGGCCGUCGCUGAGAUAUUAACGCAGCAUCUUCAACCCACC